AAUAGUGCUUGCCUCCUUUCUUUACCCAGGCCUAUGAAGCUGACACCGUUUCCGAGGAUUUGGUAGAGAUAGUUCAACAAUAUCAUCGUUCGGGUCGAACAGUAGAUUCUCUGGACAAGACCUUGGAAGAUUUUAGUGAUGAAUCAGGUUUCACGGUUAGAAUAUUUAACGAUAGUUAAUGAAUGAGGCUGAGUACAUCAUAUAAAGAAUUAUGGAGAUCGAGGAGGGUGUAGGCCGAGGCGGAUAACAUCCUCCGAGAUCUCCAUAAUUCUUCAUAUGAUACGAAAGCCGAAUUCAAUAAUUGUUUUAUUAUUCAUUCAAAAUUAUUCCUAGUUUAAAAACAAAGCUAAAACAUGCUUACCUCCAUCGAUGUUAAGUUCACCUUCGAUAGUGAACGUUUAGGGUUGUUCAGCUCCGCAGAUAUUCUCCAAAUAGCAGAUGUCACCCUUCGAGUUGUGUUCUUUCUGUUCUUGCCAUGUUUUUAGCUAUAAUUUCGCCUAGUUCUUACUCUUGAAACGAGUGAAAUGUCCGCCAUUUUUUGUUUUUACAACCAGAACAACUGAACCUCUUCCCCAGGUCUUCUCGGUUAACGGUGCAUUAACCUGCAAGAACGCUGCAUUUUUGACGUCAUUUCCUCGUUAAACACAAAAUUCUUCCAAAUUUGGUCAUCAGUAACUGGUUAUGGUGAAUUAGGCGUGUGCUUUUAGUCAAUCAGAAUCGGGGAAAUAUUUUGAAUGACUAAUAAAUUCAUAUUAUGUAUCAGUCAGCUAGUGUUAUGUUAACAUGGCCUUGUCCCCGUUUGGCCAAAUCCCUUUUUGGUGAGAAAUGUAACGACCACAAAUGUCCCAUCGUUUGACCAAUAAGAAUAUACAUCGUUUAACCCGCUGUUUGAUAAACAAGUGAGUAGUUUCAAAGCUGUUGAAGAGACACAAAUUCGGCAAGGUUGAUACUGCGUACAAAAAAUGCACGUAAUUCAUCAACACUAAUGGAGAAGAACAUGAUAGUAGCGUGACUGGUGAAGGCGUCCCAUCCGUGUCAUGUUGAUGGCUUGCAAAGUUAAUUAUUCUUCAGUAAACUGUACAUGGCACCACCAAUAGGGCUCCAAACGUACUGUAUUUUAAGCAGCACCUCCAGGGCCCAGUUGUUCGAAGGCCGAUUAGCACUUAACCCGGGGUUUUUCUUGUGCUCAAAGCAUUUUCUCGGAGAAUUUCAUAUGUCAUUUUUAGAGCUUCCAAUCAUUAACUUGUAGACCAAAAACUUAAAACUGAAAUGCUUUUUAAACUUUCAAUUCUGAAUUCAAAUCUCGCACUAACCCUGGGUUAUCUUAACCCAGCUUUGAACAACUCGGAGCCGGCCACCUUUUGAGAAGGGUGUGGGUUGGGUUAAGGAUAGAAAAACACACUGGUCUCAAAUGACCUGUUUAAAUGAAUGAAGUAUGCAAUAUGUUAUCUUGGAAAGUUAAUUUUUCUUUAGUAAACUUUAUCUCUUAGUGAGUUCAGCUUAGUAGAAGCUGAGCUGAAACACUCAGUCAUUGUUUUCCAUACUUAAUCUCUGAAGGAAAGACAUUAAAUGAUUCUGUUGAAAGGAAAACAAAGCAUGAGCGUAUUUUGGUCAUUUUUCUACAGCACAUUGUCUCGAAAAACUGGCCCAGUUUUUAAAGUUGCAAUCCGUUUUUAUCCUGGCGCCCUUUUCUCGAAAAUUCCAGUAUUUUUUCGAGCGCGGAAAGCUGUUUUAUGUUUUCUAGGUUUGCAUUCAAGACCAAAUUUGAAAUAAUUUUGAAAAUGAUGAAAUGAAACUUUUAGUUAACAAAGCAAAACUGACUGGCUUGUGAGCUAGGAACUGGCUACUUUUCAACUAAUUUUGACCGUAAAAUUUGCCUUCGGGCCCGAAAAGUCGACUGGCCUGUCGAGCAACGGGCUGUCGAGAGCUAAAGUAAUACAUUUGUACAAUAUGGUAAAGUAUAGUAGAGUAAAACUGAGCCAUUAUUUCAAGGUUUUCUUUCAUUACAAUGCGGUUUUUACAGAUUUAAAGUCUUUAAUACCAAAAAAUCGUGUCAUAGCUCCGACGAGCCCUAAGAUUGCUUUUUUUUCUUCAUAUUUGCAGACCCACUUUAUGCAGAAUUUUCUGAACGCCGCCUUUUCCCACCAGGGGAAAAAAUUCAAUUCAAACGAUGACGUUGUUUACCAAGACAAAGUGGAAGGUGAAGCACCAAUAUUCAAAAGUAUAUAUGACACGAUUUCCUCGUGAGUAUUUUAAUUCUGGCUGGUGUAAAUACGAACCGUUAGCCUUACACCCCCAUUUGACGCAAAAUUUUCACGCUCUUAGCUAGGCCUAGGCCAAACGACGAACUUUUCAUGAGACGAACCAAACUCUAAUUUGGGUCGACCUAAAUUCGUCUGUUGGGUCAGACUUCGCACUUAGGACGCGUUGAACCAAUCAACUGAAUCAGACCAAAAAGCAGUUUUUAGCCGGCCAGUAAUAAAUUUUCUCCCGAACGAGGAUGAGUAUACAUCAUAAUACAAAUUUUUAAUUUCUCGGUUUAGUUCGUCCCAUUUGAAGAUCGACGUUUGUCCCGAGGCGAUGUUCAGACGUUCUGUCCGUCUGAAGCAGACGGAUAGAAUGUUUUGGACGAUCUAAAUUCAUUCAGACAAACUUAACUGAUCCAGACGUCGAACUUUUCAUGUACUUAACUCGCUAAGUUUGGUUCGUCUCACGAAAAAGUUCUACGUUUAGCCUAGUCCUUAGAUUCACGUUCAUGGGAAGCGAUAAACGUCGGUUUGUACCACGUGACGAAGUUUUCCAUUUACUUGUAGUUUCCUGUUCGUUAUAUGCAUUGAAAAAUAGAGAGGAGAAGUGUGACGUCAGGUUACCAUGGUGGCAAAAUUUUUGGAUCUCAACAGUCUUUCUUGACAGAGACAGUUAUUUGAAUUGUUGAACGAUGGAAGAAAAGUAUGGGCUACCGUUUUGUUCUUGAGUGCAAUGAUGCACUGCAAAGUCAUACAUGUCAAUUUUUUCGUUUUUUCCCCGCCAUAUUUGCCACGGUUUGUUGAAAGUUUGCUACCAUGGCAACGUGAUGUAACGACUUCUCUCUGUUACUAGCCUCGGUUUAGAUUAAUCCAUGUUAUUUUUUUAGAACAGUUUAAAUUUAGCUGCUCAUUUCCUAGUUGUGAACAUAAAUUUGCCGAUUGCCGCUUGUCGUAAACGUGAAUUUAAAAUUCUCUAUUAUUUGAUUUUAGUUACAACAGCCGAAGUUAUAUCGUCAAAAACUACAUAAUGUGGCAAGUUGUUUCCAAUUACAUUCAGUCAAUGCCUGAUGGAUUUGUUAAGGCUGCACUUCAGUUUGAUGAAACUGUGGUUGGGAAGAUAGAAUAUCAAAGAUGGUCGGCCUGUAUCCAAGAAUUGAUGGUACCAAUGGACAUGACAGUGGCACGGAUGUUCGUUGAUGCACAUUUUGAUGAGAACAGUAAAUCGACGGUAAGGUGAAGUUUUCGUUGCGGUUACACUGGGAAUUGCUCGGGAAAAAUAAAACUGCGAGUAUGACUGCUUCUCUCUGACGUAAUUUUCGACUUUCACGUUUCCUAUUGUGCAAUUUGUUGUUCCCAAAACAAUUUGCAUAUUAAUUGUUUCCAAUUUCUCUUGGGAGUAAUAAACGUCCCUUGAAAAACUGAAAACCAAACGUUUGCCAAAUGUUUGGGGGACAAACUGAUUCGUAUGGCGAAUGUGAAAGUUGCAUACAGGGAGCUUAAGCAACGAUGACGGCGAUGAGGGUGGAAACAUCAGAAAAGCAAUAGGUUGCAAAAGCCAAAAGGUUUGCACCACGUGAAUGUUUAGCUGCAACGUGCCUAUAGAUGGUUUUCACAGUGACGUCAUCAAAUUGUAAAGUCAAAGUAACGAGGUUUUACGAAUUCUUAUUUACACUAGGUUGAAGAUAAACAAAAAGUUAAUCUUUGUACAAGUUUUCAGUCCCAUAGCAUGUUUCAUUUCGAAAAUACAGCAAUUUGAACUUCCGAGUUUUCAGAGUGCGUGGCACCAAAAUAGGAAUGCUGUCUCGUUGAAAAAAAAGUCUCUCCUCUUGAUUUUCAGUAGUAUAACCAUUUCAAGUAUUAGGAGAUAUGUUUAUGCGCACGUAGGCUAGUUCUCGAGUGAAAAGAUGGAGCUUUUAUAGAACAAGUGAACUCCAGAUGUUUUUGUUGAUUUUCGGCGGCCAUAUUGGUGCACCAAAACUGUGCACCAAUAUGGCGUCUCCAUACAAAGCUCUACAAAGAUGCGUGAAACGUUUCGGCAAAUAACUCAGAAACUGUGGGCCAAAAAGACCUCAGACUUGGACAAAUUGUUUAAAAAUUAGUCUUUUAUAACAUAUCAUUUUCUUGGCUUCUUUCACUAGACGGUUUUCAAUUUAUUUUUUUGUUGCGUGACAGUGAAAACGAUCUAUUGUACUAUAAAGCCUUUUCACAUGACGUCACAUCCGACAUGUUGGUGUCCCAAAACAGUAAGCCGGCGGCCCUGUGGGAGUUGAACUCUUUUCGGAGCUCAGGCAUUAUCCUAUAUGUGACUAGCACUGUAGUUGCUUUGUGGCAGCUUUCAUAAAUCUACGCCUGCUUGUAAACCUUGGCUCAAAAUCUCAAUUUGAGUCCAAAGCUGAAUCCAAAUAAAAAUUACCGGUUACUCUGUUGAAGGGUGAUGCUUGAUAUACCAAGUCAAUAUAUGCACUAUUUGUUGUUCUAUUGUGUAAAGUUUAUUGUGUUAUUGUGUAAGGGCUAGGGAUGAUUGUUGUGUUCUUUGUGGCGUAAAUCGAGACUUACUAUUCACUUGGUAUAUGGUGCACCAGCCCUUUGAAAACUUCAUUAGACUUUUUAAUUACAAGAAUCAGCGGCGUCUCGUUUUUAUUUUGCAUUUUUUUAGGUAAAGGACAUGACCACUCGUGUUCGCAAGUCUUUUAUUAAUAACCUUAAAUCACAAGACUGGAUGGACAAGAAUACAAAAGAUGCGGCUAGAGAAAAGGUUUGUGUUACCCCGGCCAUGGGAAGGAGGGGAACGGACACAUUUCUAGAACGUUUGGUAUGUGUGACAUACUUACUUAAUUCUUUGGCCUAUUUCUGUCCUUUGUCUCCUAGUCCUAAUUCAUGAAUAAAAAGGGCUUUGAGACAAAGGAAAUGGAGAAUCGACUUAGGUUAAAAAUGAUUUAAGCUGAAUUAAUUUUGACCAACAACAGACACGUAAUUGUAAUAACAUUAUUUUUAAGUUUCCAAUAAUUGCUCAAAGACAGUCUUGGAUUCUGCAUUUCACGCUUUGGAUUCCAGAUUUCUUGUCAGUGGAACUAAGAUUCCAGAUUUCAAUCGUUAGUGGGAUUUUGGAUACCUUAGGGUGGAUUGCGGAUCCUAAAGCCUAGGAUUCCGGAUCCCAUGAACAAAGAUACUCCGCAUUCCGCAAUCCAGAUUACAUAUUGACAUGAGGCGAAAAAAUACACGGUAAAAAGCGUUUCCUAACACUUUUAACCCUAUCAACAACAGCAACACUAACUAAAAAACUUCCCUCUUUACCAUGACACGACACAGUUUUGCACCGCGUACCAUUCAUGUUGUAUUUUGGUAUUCCAGGCCAAUGCCAUGAAAGAGGAUGUGGGGUACCCCUCUUUCAUCAAAGAUGACAGUAAGCUUGACGCUCUUUACGCAAUGGUGAGCAAAUCCUUUGAUGGUUGUGUUUGUUCUUAUAUAAUGUCCCAAAAGCUGAAUCUUCAUUCUGUCAAAAUUUGAUGUUUCUUUUACAAUCACCAGUUAAAUGUAAGUGAUGAUUUUUUUGACAACACUUUGGCAUUGAACAAGAUGGUGGUCCAGAAAAAUUUGGGAAUGCUUGGUCAACAAGUCGAUAGAGAUAAGUAAGUACCUUUGACGAUUUGUGGUGCUUCAAUGUUAUACACUAUAUAAAUAUAUCCAGCAAACUUGUAGUUGUGCCAUACUGUCAUUGAUUUUAAUAAAUUUUCUCAAGCCCUUUUUUUUACUCGAGCUUGCUUUAGCAGCGAGGCUCUAAAAAUGCAUGCGAAAGAUGUCGAGCUUUUCCGGAACGGGUCGGUCCACGAAUUCUAUCGCUUGAAGGCGUUGAUUACUUUACAAGUAAAUCUUCAGCGGUCGAAAAAAGAAGAAUCUUUAUGAGCAAACUUCAGCGAAACUUUGCCAGAUGGUGAGGCUAACUGGUCGGGUGUUGUAAACUUUAAUUGUAUGCAAAUGAGGCUUGUGAUAAGCAUGCGGUUUCAUUUCGCGAUGAUGGAAAUGACGCGCCAUUUUCAUCACGUUUUUGCUCUUUGGCAAUGAUCUAAUUUCUCUCGAAUGGAGGCCCUUGAUUUUCGUGUAUUUGUACACGCAUACUCAAAUCAUCAAAUACGAUGUAAAAAGUAAAUAUCCUGAAGAACACUCGACCGUCGAUAAAGUAGGACGUGAAAAACUUUUAGCAAGGAAAUCCUGUUUCGUGUAGAAUGAAUAAGCUCGGCUUAACGCCUUUUUAAAAGCGUUCUUGUUUAUUUUACCAGUCUUUUUUGUCAAGUGCAAAUUUUUAUUUCAGUAAUAGUACCAUCAUAAUUCUAGCUUAGUAAACAAUGAAAACUCGAAGAAUUCUCGUAGUACUGAUUCUUUAAAAGCUUAGGAAGGCACGUAGGAGGAUAGCGUUGUUAAGAAAUUACGUAGUAGCAAGUUACUUAGUAGCAAGAAUCGGCGACAAAAUUGGGGUAACUUCUGAGAACAAAACAAUACAUACCCGUUCCCUCUCCCAUCCAUUCAAUGUUGAGGUGUCUGUUGUUUUCUUACAGGCAGCUCGAACAGCGACACAACAUUGCAUGGAGGGGACGGGGGAGGGAAAGCUUUAUUUUCCCCUUUUAAAGUCGAUAAAACGUCAGAAAGGCCCUUUAGGGGCAAAGUGUCUCAACUAAUUUUGUCGCUGAUUGUUAUUCCUUGGGCUUUUCAUAACCCUUAACUAGAUUGUUACAAAGUUGUGGUGUUUUCCGUUCAGUGUGUAACAUUUGGCUUCCACAUUGUAGGUGGCCAGAUGGUCCCGCAGAAGUCAAUGCAUACUACAAUGAUCAGCAAAAUCGAAUAGGUAGGUGGGUGUUUCUGUUGUCAUUAAUCAUGUCAGUGACAGUGACAGUGACCAUGAAGUGACAAUGACAACGACAAUGACAUUGACAAUGACAAUGAAGUGCCAGUGACGAUAACAGUGACAGUGACAGUGACAAUGACAAUGACCAUGACAGUGACAGUAACAAUGACGUGACAAUUACAAUGACAAUGGCAGGGACAGUGACAUUGACAAUAACAGUGACAACGACAGUGACAAUUACAGUGAUAAUGACAAUGACAAUGACAGUGACGGUGAUAGUGACAACGACAGUGAGAAUGACAACAAAAAUGACAAUGAUAGUGAUAAUUGAUAAUGCCGUAAACGGGCGCUCAUAACCUACCCCACUUAUAAGCACUCCCAGUUAUAGGCCCAUCUCAUGACUGUAAACAAGAAAAUACAUCUGAUCAUUAUAAGCCCCCCCCACACACACACACACACACCCUCCAAAUGUAUUGAAAAGAAUUCGAUUAUGACGUUUUGAAGCUUGAUAAAAAAAAAAAAAAAAAAAACGGUAAACGAAAUCCUAUUUUGAUCAGUGCUGCUAUAGCUUGUUUUUGAAACGCCUUUUCUAUUCUAGACUGCGAGCAGUCUCUUUUUUUCUUUGCAAACGUACUGCACGCGAAACCCAAGCACGCGAGCGGCGAUCGGUGAAGCCGCGAGUCACAAUAAACGAGGGCGUGUAACGUAAAGUCCGGUUUGCAAUCGCGCUGGCUGAAAUAAGAACUAGACGGAUUUUAAGAGAAAAGGCGGACUGCAAGCAGUCAAUUUCAAUUCCGGUUAUAUGGGCUCUCGGAUAUAAGCCUCUCCGUUUAUAAGCACGUUUGUUUGUCUUUAACAGUGUUCUUGGCUGGAAUCUUGCAAUCUCCCUUCUACAAAAAGAAUUAUCCAAAGUAGGUAUACUUUGAAGCUGAGGUUAAAUAAAAGUGGUAAAUAGAAUUUAUAAGCACCAAAAAUAAUAAAUGACAGUACUCUGGUUGAACUGCGUCGCUUAAAUAUUUGCCAUUUUCGUACAACACUUACGUUUCUGGAUCAAGGACAUAAAGCCGAGCUGGCCUUAUUAGAGGGCAAUUUUGUCCGACCAAUCCGUUCAGUACUCAAAGGCAGGUUUUUCUAGAGAACCCGAAUAAGCGACCCAAAAACGUUUAUAAAUGGCUGUCGAUAUAGAAUUAAGCGUACUUUAGUAGCUAUAUAGUACUAAUGCCUGCGCCGUGGAUGUAAACAAUGCUUUGUAAGCCAAACUGAAUAGACCCUUUCACGGUUUUUUCAACUUUUGACUGAGGCCGGUUGGCGAAAAUCCGUCAACACAGCUGAAAAGAACGCCUUAAAAUCGGUACAGUUGUCAAAUUUUAAAGUUGUUUGUCGAAAACUUACGAAGGUAUAGCUCCGCAAAGUUGCACAGUUUUACAAGAAUUUGUUUGGUGGGCGGCAAGUUUCCUCCCAUCCCCCCGCACCACCACCACCACCACAGUACAAACGUCUAAAAUUUCACGACUUUUGGGGGCUAUAUCUUCUCUCGCCUUAGACGUAGCGCUUUCAAACUUAGCAAGUUUAAUUUACUAAUGUUAAGGUGCACUUUUCAGCGGUGUCAACUGAUUAUAGCCCAACGAUCACUAUCAAAACCUGAAAUGGUCUAUUUUCACCGUUUCUCUAUAGAUAUUUCAACUACGGCUCAUUGGGGAUGGUGGUUGGGCAUGAACUUACCCAUGGAUUCGACGCUGGCGGUAAUAUUUUACGUAUCGUCGAAUUAUAUGAAAGCAUUAAAUUACUCGCUAUUAACAAAUGUAUCCGCGGGGAAAAAGACAGUCUAACAAGGGCGGUUUCCAUUUGUCAGAAUUGACUGGCCAGACCUUUCCUGUCGUAAUGAGAAUUUUGCUUUUAAUCAAAACUUUCCAGCUAGAUCAGUCAAAUCGUAAAUAGUAUGCACGAAGGAGAUGGUGUUUCUUCAAAAACUCUUGGAAAAAGCCUAUUUCAUUGUCAAAAUGACUGGCCCGGCCAUGGUCCUGCCGGCCCGUCCUGACUUCUGGAAACCGCCCUAAGUAGUGUGUAAACAUUGGGUCUUAAACUGAUUUGAAACAUUGGCCAAUCCACUACCGUCUCAACUCUAUUCAAAUAUUUAAUAACCAAAAGCUGUCUGAGUGUGGCAGCCUUACCUCGAUCUGUGUAAUUCUUAAUAUCAUAUUCAGUCUUAUCUCACAAUCGCUGAUUUCUAACUUACUUUGAAAUUGAAAGCACAUGGUAAGCGCACAUAUUGAGGCAGUUCGUUUCACAGUGUUGGCGCAUGAAUGAAAAAAGCUCGUGAGUUUUCAGAGAAUGAGAAACAAGCCGGACUAUCAGACCUUUCUUAGGGGUCAGGAGAGAGAGAGGAGAAUUGACAUUUUAGGGGGUGGCAGUGGGGGUGCCGGGGGCGGUGGGGAGAGAGAAAAAGGAAGUUUCUUAUUGUCGUGUUAAGUGACUGUUAAGUUUUGUUUGUUCACUUGUUGCUUUGGCUUGUUUCAGGGCGUCUUUAUGAUAAAGAUGGAAAUUUGAAAGACUGGUGGUCUCGAAACUCGACAUGGAAUUUCAACUCUAGAGCCAGUUGUCUUGUUUAUCAAUACAAUAGCUAUGAAGUGUUUGGGCACAAUGCAAGUAGUUACUUGUGAUCGCUCUUUUGCCAAAAUCUUUUCACCGCUUGCCCGCGAGGGGUGUCUCGUGGUUUGACAACCAUUACUUGAAUAAUCAGGUCUUUGUUUUCUUUCUGACAGUUAACCGAGCCACAUUCGCAAUCUACAUCUAGCUAUAUCUACAACUUCAAUCUAUAACUGUUUCCAUUACAUCGAUAUGGUCAGCCAGAGGUCACAGCAUUGACAUGUUAAAUAGCAAAGUAGACCUGAAUCAAUAUUGAACAAUACACAUA